GUGUUAAUAAAAAUAAUAGUGAACUAACAUCAUGGCGUUUGUAUUACAAACGUCAUCAUAGGUAUUAAAUGAAUUGGUUAAUUGUGACCGCAUGAAUACGCAGUAAAUUUUCUUUGGAUUCAUGGAUUCGAUAAGCGUGACGUCAUCAAUACGUUAUGACUCUAAAUAUUUUUCAUUAAUUGAAUAAGUUUGACGUCAUCAAUACGUUACCUUUAACUCCGCUAAUGUUCCACCUCCUGUCGCGUUAACUGAUUGGACCAGUAUGACGGCAUCAGUAAGACUUGACGUCACGUUGAUUUCGUUGCCUGGAGAAUGAAGUCAUCAACAGACUAUGACGUCACGACGAUUACUACGCUCGGACGGUGUUUUAACUAAUAUCUAUUCGCGCUUAUGGAAGACGGACUCGAGAUCCGAUGAGACUACGGAGGGCAGCGAGGCGCCGUCGACGCUGGACCGCGCUUCCGGUAUGGGCACAUCCUUCCGGCGCCAACAGCCCGAGUUUGUCAUUCUACACUACAGCCCAUUUAAGGCGGUGUGGGACUGGAUAGUACUGGUUUUAGUCUUGUACACGGCGGUGUUUACACCCUACCAGACCGCGUUUCUUCUAAACGAAGAAGACGCCACAAUGCGGCGGAACCGUGAUUCCGGAACGCGCACGGAAAGUCCCGAGUCUUCCCGAGCGAACCCACUCGUGAUAAUUGACUUGAUUGUCGACUUGAUGUUUAUAGCGGACAUUUUUAUCAACUUCCGGACCUCGUAUCUUCACAAUGGCGAGGUGGUGAUGAAUCAGAAGCGUAUAGCAAUCAACUACCUCAAGGGCUGGUUCGUCAUUGACACAAUUGCCGCUCUUCCUUUCGAUCUGCUGCUCUUUGGGUCCGGCACAAGUGACACAAUGACGAUCGCGGGGAUCCUCAAAACGGCGCGUCUGCUGCGUCUGCUACGAGUCAUCCGGCGCAUAGAGCAAUUCGCUGAAUACGGAGCGGCAGUGUUGCUUCUCCUUAUGGUGACCUUCACCCUGGUCGGUCACUGGCUCGCCUGCAUCUUUUACGCCAUCGCCUACUGGGAGCGUCCGCACCUGGAGUCCGCAAUAGGUUGGCUAGACAAGCUCGCGACCAAUAUCCACGAGCCGUACGUCGCAAACGUCACUGAUAGCGGCCCCAGCGUCAAGACGUACUACAUAACGGCGCUGUACUUUACGUUCACCUCCCUCACCAGUAUAGGGUUCGGCAACGUCUCCCCUAACACCAACGCCGAGAAGAUAUUCUCCAUUUUUGCCAUGUUGCUUGGCUCUCUUCUUAGCGCCGCUAUCUUUGGCAACGUUAGCUCGAUCAUGAUGAGAGUGUAUCAGGGAUCGGACGAAUACCACGAGAAAACCCAGAGCAUCAAAGAGUUUAUCAAUUUUCAUCAUCUUCCCAAAAACCUCGCUUCGCGUCUACAAGAGAGCUUCCAGCACACAUGGACGUAUACCAAUGGCAUCGACAUGAACACAGUUUUAAAGAGUUUUCCGGAAUGUUUACAAGCGGAUAUCUGCCUUCAUCUGAACCGGAACCUGCUUAAUAACUGCCCCGCCUUUCAGAGAGCCUCGGCAGGGUGCCUUCGCGCGCUGUCUCUGCAGUUCAAAACAACACACGCGCCUCCCGCGGACACGCUGAUCCACCCCGGGGACAUCCUCACCGCCCUGUACUUCAUCGCCCGAGGGUCCCUCGAGAUCGUCACGGAGAACAACGUCAUGGCAAUACUCGGUAAGGACGAUAUUUUCGGUGGGGAUGUUCAAGACCUAACCAACAGCGGGAAGUCUCUGUACUUUGUUCGCGCCCUGACCUACUGCGAUAUCAACAAGAUCGAACUGUCCGUGCUAAAAGAGACGCUUAACACGUACCCGGAGUUCGCACAAGAAUUUAUGGGAAAGAUACAGGUUACAUUCAACCUGAAACGGGGUGUGUUGACGGAAACACAACGGCAGACGAAGAUGGACGACGAAACACUCAAAUUUAUCCGCCAGAAGCGACCGCACAUGCAGUCGAAAGGUAGACACCAUGUCUAUGACGCCGACCGCGCGACCGGCAGAUCCGGCUUCCGUAGAAAAGCACGCAAGCAGAUGGCGCCUCUGUCGUCUGACCCAACAGAUGACCAAGCGUCUCGGGCGAUCGAAAUUUCACCGGAACAAGCGUCUAGUGAUAUCGACGUAGAGUUCGUGGAUAGAAGCAACCAAGUCUCUUCAACUUCGUGUACUGCUGCCGAUAGUUCGAGACUCCGGAUCUACCAGAACUCAACUCAGCGCAGGCGCAGAAAAUACAACACAGCAGUCAUAUCGGUGUCCGACGAAACCGGAUGUGUGAGUGCACCGGAACCGGAAUUGACGUCAGAAUAUUGGGAUGAAAUUGACCGGAAGCUGAAUGUUCUAUCAAUACGAAUGCAGAAGUUCGAAACCCAACUCUGUGAUACCAUUGAUAAUAUACUGCUGUUACUCGGUCACGUGCCGUCAGUGCCUAGCAACAACGCCAACGUAACCACGUUACGUAGCACAAAACAUCUGGACGACCCCGUAGAUACGUCAGAUCUCCUUCACUCGGAUGCUUAUUGUCCAAAUAAACGAGGAGCGAAAUUGAUAAAAUCGCAUAUGGAGCUGAUUAGAAUUAUUGAGAACUUAUGACUUUAAUUUUAUAUUUAAUAUUUGCUUUAGACCAAGACAUUGGAGGAAGUGCUGCGAACGCUUUUGUCGUUUGUAUUUUCCCGAAAGGAGGGGAAUACAGUAAUCGCAGUGUCCGUCUAUGUCCGACUUCUUACUUUGACGGCAUUAAAUUUGCGUGUGACUGAUAUUUUAAACUCGUAUUUAUUACGCGAACAAUCUCCGAGAAACUCAGUUGCGUGUUAAUAAGCUUAUAUUUAGCGAUUUUCGACCUUCUGUCGACAUGCCCAUUUAAAAGUUCCGUAUCAUAAAUUGUCCGCGUAGAUAUUUGCCGAUUGGCGGGAUAGGCCAGGAGUUCCGCUUAUGUUGCGGAUGUAGUGACGUAACGCUAUCCGGGCUAAAAUGUAUUAAAUGGUACAUGCAUCUGUAGUAUAACAAGUGUAAGCAGGAUAUGCAUACGUUCUGUGGACUCUGUAACCUUGCUCAAAGCGAUGACUUGUAAUA